UAUCUCUCCUCUCUACCCUCUAUACUAUUCCACCUAUGGCGCGUUCAAAAGAGCUUACGCCUACUAUAUAUAAGCGGGUAUAGACGUAUUCAUAACCGCUAUCCUUAUAUUCCAAUCUCUACAAUCCAGUACACUGUGAAAAAGGAGAGCGAGCGCCGAGUAGGCAUAUCAAAACCGCGAUCUAGAAGGCCAAAAAAGCUUACUAAAGCUAAUAAAGACCAGAUCUUGAACGCUAUCCAUAGAAACCCAAAGAUUAUAGCCGAAGACCUCCUUACUAAGGUUAAUCAUAAGCGGCCCUUUUUAAAGGAAGAACACGCGGUUAAACGCCUUCGCUGGGCCCUACACUAUCGGCACUUUACACCUAAAGAUUGGGCCUAUGUUUUUUGGUCUAAUAAGUGUACUAUUAAGAGGGACAAUAUUAAGGAUUACCACACCGAGGAAAGCAACGCUACACGGUAUAUAGGGCUUAUACCACUCUUUGGGAAUCCUAAGGCUAAGCGUACUAGUAUCACUAGCCUAGUGAUUAAGGAGUUAUACCGCCGGGUUCUACCUAUCUUACUUGCAAAUCUAGAUACUAAGAUAUACAAGCUUCGGCCUAAUCUCCUAUAUAUACAGAACAAUAACACAACAAAGGAGAUACUAGUGUCCGCUUUCCUACUAUUAUUUUAUAAGAAAUCCACUAUAUUCUUAAUAAUCGACAAUUUCCUCGAGCCGUGGUAUAGGCUAGAUACCGACAAACUUUACCACACACUUAUAACCACAAUAUCCUCCUCUAGUAUUAAUAGCCGGUACGAUAAGCUAGAAAGUUUCUACUAUAAUACGUUAAUUACCUAUAUAAAUAUUACUUUACAAAACGUAAUCUUAUCGGAAGAUCCCUACGUUAUUGUAGAAGGUACCUAUACACUAUAUAAUAUCAAUAUUCUAACACUUAACGAGCUUGUUAGUAAAGGUAAGAUUAUUACGCACUAUACCUAUAUACUUAGUACUUAUUUCGGAUUUAUCCUUACUAAUAAAGAGCUUAUACUUACACAAUUCCUACGCGAAGAAGAGAGACACAAAAGCGAUAAUAGCCCGACUCUACUGUGCUCUUAUCCACCGAUAACCGAUCAUUCGGUAUAUAAUAUACUAUCGGGUUCUCCUACACUAGCUCUAGAAGUAAGGCCCGACUCUGUAUCGGACUACUUAGCUUCCGCUACGCUCGCCCCACUAGAUAACCUUAACGGAGUAGGACCUACUCUUAAGUAA